AUGUUAAUACUAUUUAUUACAUUAUUGUCAAUUUAUGGGAAAAGAAUAAAUAAAGAAGAAAAAAAGAUUGAAGAACAUGUUAUUAUGAACAAUGAUGAUCAUAAAGGUUUCACAACAAAAAUUCCUGGAGCAGGAACAAUUGAUUUGGUUCCUUCAAUAGGAACUGUAAGUUUUGCUAUUGAAGUUAUGGAUAAAGAUGCAAGUGCAGCACUUGAAUAAGCAAAUAAAUUAGUUACUAAGGCUGUAUAAUCAAUAAAGUAUGAUUUGUUAUAUUCAAAUUACGAAAUACAAACUGGAAUAUUUUAACUUUAAAUUCGAUAUGAUUACACAACUAGUUAAUAAAAGUUAAUUGGAUAUACUGUUACUAAUUAAUUAUAUGUAACAACAAAAGAUAUGCAAUUGAUUGGUAAAAUAAUUACUGUAGGAGUAAAUGCAGGAUUGAAUAGAAUAGAUGGAGUCACUUAUUCAAAUAAUGCUUUGGAAAUAUAAAAAGCAAAUAAUGAAGCUUUAAAGUUGGCAAUUGAAGAUGCUAAGAGAAAAGCAACUUAAGUAGCAAAUUCAUUGAACAUGAAAUUCGUUAAAAUUUUGAAAUUCAAAUAUUUGGAUUCUUAUGGUAGUUCAGUAACAAAUGGGUAUGAACCAUAAGCAGGAGCAGUUUAAAAGGAUGAAAGGAGUCAACCUACUCCAAUUUAUGCAUCAGAAAGUCAUGUGAGAGUCGAUAUUGAAUUGAAAGUACAAUUAGAAUGAU